CGUCAAAAAUGUUCAGGAUACAUUAUUAAGCACGAGGUGGCAAUUAAAGAUAAACGUAAAAGAAAACGUACGUGAAUUCUAAUAGGAAAUAAAAUAAAACGUAAAAAUGUAUUUGAUGUAUUAUUUAAAUGAAAAUGGGGAUAGAGUUUAUACAUUAAAGAAAAUAGAUCCAAAUGGGAAACCAACAUUAUCGGCCCAUCCAGCUCGAUUUUCUCCAGAAGAUAAAUUUUCAAGAGAAAGAAUAACACUAAAACGAAGAUUUGGUUUGUUACUCACACAACAACCACUACCUACUUAUUAAUAUU